AGAAUAAUUUGAGACAAUAUAAUUAUUAAUUUGUAUUUAAGUUAAAAAUGAAGUAAAAAUGUUUAGUACCUAUUUCAGUUAAUUGGUGAUUAAAGAAAAAAAAUAAUUUUUUUUCAAUUCUAAUAUAAUAUUUAUUUUUUAAUCAAACGUGUAAUUACAUUACAACUUACUUUUUUUUUAGCGAUGUUUUCAACAAGAAAUUUAGUUCGGUCUUUAAUGAAAUUGACUCGAGUAGCAACUGUCGAGCCAAAAUCAAAUAUUAUGAUCGGUGUUCGUCAUUUAGGUAGCAUUUAUGAACCAGAAUACUUAGACAGUCUUGAACCUGAUAUUCCAGAGUAUGAAGAGCUUAAUGUACAAAUAAAAGGCUAUGAUUUUGCUGUAUUAGAAUCGUUUCAAAAAUUUGUCCAUACAGCAGCAGAAAACAUGGAUAUCGAAGUAUCUGAUGGGUGGGCAUUGCCUCCACAAGUAUUUAAUGUGAAGAGGUUAGUUCCAAAUAGUGAAACGGUUGAAGCUCAACAUAUACUUAACAUUUAUGAACGUAAUAUUCAGAUUGUCGAUGUACCGUCAACUAAGCUAUCAUUACUAAUUGAAGUUAUUGAAGAUUCAUUGCCAGCUGGUGUGUCUGUAUCAGUCCAUCCGCAUACAGAAGAACACGAGAAAUUGAAGUAUAUACCGGACAGUGAAUUGAAACAAUUAAAAGAUCAACUGGAUGAAAUAAGAAAGAAAAAAUAAUAUUAUCUUGUUGUAGUACUUAUACAAAAACUAUAUGUUAACAUAGAAAUAAAAGUAUAAAUAAAGCUUAAAAAUAUUUAUCAGAAAACAA